CGCAGGGUUGUCACAUUCGAACAGAAUCGAAAUGUUGCGGCUUUUCGAACUGCGAACUGUCAGAACGUCUGACGAAGUGAAGUAAUGAAGAAAAAGAAGAAGAAACACAGCUAAAUAAAAGCGUAUAGUUCGACAGGCGGAUUUUGUUGCCAAUUUUUCAUGUUGUGGUUUAUCUCAAGAAAACAUCAAUAUUCCCAUCAAAUUUGUUGGAAUUGUUCACAGAAAGUCGUAAAAUAAAAAAAAAAAUGUCGCACAAUUAUAUUGUGACAGCACAAAAACCAACCGCAGUUACUGCGUGUGUUACAGGCAAUUUCACGUCAUCAGAAGAUUUAAAUUUAAUAGUGGCGAAAAAUUCGCGCCUUGAAAUAUAUUUGGUGACGCCAGAAGGUUUGAGACCAUUGAAAGAGGUUGGCGUGUACGGUAAAAUUGCUGUUUUGAAACAUUUUCGACCAGCUGGUGAGAAAAGGGAUCGUCUGUUCGUACUAACGCAGCGCUACAAUGCCAUGAUAUUGGAAUGUCAGUCAAACGGUGAUGAUAUUGAUAUCGUAACCAAAGCACAUGGUAAUGUGGCCGACCGAGUUGGCAAGAAAGCUGAAACCGGCAUUUUAGCCGUCAUCGAUCCAAAAGCACGUGUUAUUGGACUGCGUCUGUAUGAGGGUCUCUUCAAAAUUAUUCCAUUAGACAAAGACACAAACGAACUCAAAGCAACCAGUUUGAGGAUGGAAGAAUUGUCUGUGCAAGAUGUUGAAUUUUUAUACGGAUGCUCGAAUCCCACAUUGAUUGUUAUACAUCAAGACAUAAACGGACGUCACAUUAAAACACAUGAGAUCAAUUUGCGCGACAAAGAAUUCAUGAAAGUUGCCUGGAAGCAAGACAAUGUCGAAACAGAGGCAACAAUGUUGAUCCCAGUGCCGUCUCCACUUGGCGGUGCCAUUGUCAUUGGACAAGAGUCGGUUGUUUACCACGAUGGCAGUAGCUAUGUUGCAGUUGCACCACCGAUCAUAAAGCAAAGUUCUAUAAACUGCUAUGCACGUGUUGACAGUCAUGGUUUUCGUUAUCUAUUGGGAAAUAUGACUGGCAAUCUGUUUAUGCUGUUCUUGGAGAGCGAGGAAAACUCAAAGGGAGAACUCGUUGUGAAAGAUUUAAAAGUGGAACUGCUUGGUGAAAUAUCCAUUCCUGAGUGUAUCACGUACUUAGACAACGGUGUAUUGUUCAUUGGAUCUCGUCACGGUGACUCACAACUGGUGAAGCUAAGCACAACAGUCAAUGAGAAUGGAUCGUACGUGAUUCCAAUGGAAACGUUCACAAAUCUUGGCCCAAUUCUGGAUAUUUGUGUCGUUGAUUUGGAGCGACAGGGCCAAGGGCAAAUGAUCACGUGCUCUGGCUCGUUCAAAGAAGGUUCAUUGCGAAUAAUUCGCAAUGGAAUUGGCAUACAAGAGCAUGCAUGCAUUGAUUUGCCGGGUAUCAAGGGAAUGUGGGCAUUGAAGCUCGGCAUCGAAGAUACCCUGUUUGACAAUACAUUGGUAUUGGCAUUUGUUGGCCACACUCGUAUCCUCACAUUGACAAAUGAAGAAGUUGAAGAGACGGAAGUCAGUGGAUUUUUGAGCGAUCGCCAAACAUUCUACUGUGGAAAUGUCGAUCACAAUCAAAUCAUUCAAAUAACUUCAUCGUCGGCCCGAUUGAUUCAAACACAAUCCGGCACAUUGGUGAAUGAAUGGAAGCCAAGUGACGAUGGUCGCAUCAGUGUUGUGGCCUGCAACAGUUCUCAAUUGGUUUGUGCUUCGGCCUGUGACGUUUACUACAUUGAAAUUAUGGAUGGUGAACUGAUUCAGCGAUCUCACACGACAUUACCUCAUGAAGUGGCAUGCUUAGACAUAUCACUGUUGGAUCCGAAAUCGGAUAAGGCCAACUUCGUUGCAGUCGGUCUAUGGACAGAUAUUUCUGUCACCAUUUUGAAAGUGCCAACACUGGAAAUUUUGAAUAACGAGAAAUUGGGCGGUGAAAUGAUACCGCGAUCAAUUUUAAUGACUAAUUUCGAGGGCAUCAAUUAUCUGUUAUGCGCUUUGGGCGAUGGUUCCAUGUACUAUUUCACACUCAAUGCAACAGAAGCUACAUUGAAAGAUAAGAAAAAAGUCACACUCGGCACACAGCCGACCAUUUUGAAAACCUUCCGAUCACUGUCCACAACAAAUGUAUUCGCCUGCUCCGAUCGACCGACGGUUAUCUACUCAUCAAAUCAUAAAUUAGUUUUCUCAAAUGUAAACUUGAAAGAGGUGAAUCACAUGUGCUCGUUGAACGCACAAGCAUACCCAGACAGUUUGGCAUUGGCAACGAAAAACUCGGUGAUUCUGGGCACAAUCGAUGAAAUUCAGAAACUACACAUUCGAACCGUUGCGUUGGGUGAAUCACCGCGACGCAUCGCCUACCAAGAGAGCUCACAAACAUUUGGCGUAAUCACAUCACGAACUGACAUUCAAGAUGGAUCCGGUUUGACACCGUCACGUCCCAGUGCAUCAACUCAAACACAAAAUAUUACGACGUCGAGCAAUAUGACACUACUGAAACCGGGCGCCGGUCUAUCGAAUGUCAACAAUGAAUUUGGACACGAGGUGGAAAUUUACAAUCUGCUCAUCAUCGAUCAAAACACAUUUGAAGUAUUGCAUGCACAUCACUUUAUGCAAACCGAAUAUGUCUUAUCAAUUAUAUCGGCCCGUUUGGGAGAAGAUCCAAACACUUAUUUUGUCGUCGGCACUGCCCUGGUCAAUCCCGAUGAAACAGAACCAAAGUGUGGUCGUAUCAUCGUUUAUCAUUAUGCGGACAGUAAACUUACUCAAGUUAGUGACAAGGAGGUAAAAGGUGCAGUUUACUCGCUGGUUGAAUUUAAUGGAAAAGUUUUGGCCAGCAUCAACAGUACAGUUCGUUUAUUCGAAUGGACAAGCGACAAGGAUCUUCGAUUGGAGUGCAGCCACUUCAACAAUAUUAUCGCUUUAUACGUUAAAACGAAAGGUGACUUCAUUUUGGUUGGUGAUUUAAUGAGGUCGAUAACGCUAUUGCAACAUAAACAAAUGGAAGGUAGUUUCGAAGAAAUCUCUCGCGAUUAUGAACCAAAAUGGAUGACAGCCGUUGAAAUAAUCGACGAUGAAACAUUUUUGGGAGCGGAAAAUGAACUGAAUUUGAUCGUUUGCCAAAAAGAUAGUGCUGCGACAACGGAUGAGGAGCGUCAACAGAUGCCCGAAGUGGCCCAUUAUCAUUUAGGCGAUAUGGUGAAUGUGUUCCGUCAUGGAUCAUUAGUCAUGCAAAAUGUUGGUGAAAAAACCACACCAACGCAGGGCUGUAUUCUAUAUGGAACAGUGAGCGGUGCGAUAGGUUUAGUCACACAAAUACCAGCCGAUUUCUACGAAUUUUUGCGAUCGCUUGAAUCACGGCUAACGCAAACCAUCAAAAGUGUCGGCAAAAUUGAACACUCAUUCUAUCGUAGCUACUACACGGACAUGAAACAAGAACCAUGUGAAGGAUUCAUUGAUGGCGAUUUGGUUGAAAGCUUUUUGGAUUUGAACCGAGAAAAAAUGACUGAAACGAUAUCUGGCUUGGAAAUUACCGAUUCAAAUGGAUUGAAAGAGGCAACAGUGGACGAUGUCAUAAAAAUAGUUGAGGAUCUAACGCGGAUCCAUUAAAUGCCGUUCUUUUUCUGUACAACAAUUUGUCGUACAUUUUGCUUUCAAUAGCUUCUAAUUGUGUUUUAUAUUAAUGAAUACUUGCGUUAGUCUGUACCAAAACUUUUCAGACGGUUACUAUUUAGUAUAUUACUUUAACUGAGGUUCAUUUUUUUUCCAGUGCCCAAUUUUGUUUGAAAUAAAAAAUAUACAAAAUUUGGAAAACAAA